AUGAAUAUUCAAAAAACCUCAAAUUUCGAGGCGCUUCAGCCGGCCGGCGCCGAGUACGAGCUGACCGAUGUCGAGAUUCAGCAGUUGAAGGUGAGUCAAGUGUGAAAAGUGAAAAAUAAGGGAAUGGCUUCUAGGAAUCACUCAAUGCGCUCUUUGUUUAAAAAUGUCAAGGUUCUAGAAGCGUUAGUUCAAAUAUUUGACCCGUCAGUUAAAGGUUUAAGAUUGUUUUAAAGUCUUACCUUUAAAUUAGACGACAUUAGUCCGAAUUCAUGAGAGAUCUUAGUCACCUCUUUCGUCUCUGAAAUUGUCUAGGAGUGUACGUGUUUUGCCGUUUUCGCCACCGCCACACAAAUUGCGAUUCCCAUUGAAAUGAGUUAGAAUCAAGCGGGAUUAGCGUCGUUUUUAAUGUGAUGCGUCGUACAUUUUCACUCUUCGUCCCCUUGUAACAGCGCGUGUGUGUGUGUGUGUGUGUGUAAGUGCGCGGCAAGAAGUUCUCAUGUAUUCUAUUCUAUCCGUAUCGGAUGACCGAAAAGAAUGAUGCACUUGGCGGCGAAAAAGAGAGACGUCUCGUUUGUCGCCGCCGUCUUCCCGCGUGGUCGGAGCACAUGAGAAUUAAAAGAAAAGGGCAGAAUGUGUGAAGGAGUCGUUUUCUCAUUUGGCAUGGAUGCGCGAAAAUGCUCAAAAAUCAAACGGAAAUUAGUCGAGACCGACAUUUCUCAUUUCCAAAGAAAAUCCUUUGAAAAAUGAGCCAAACGGUUUCUUUCGUGCUGCUUCCAAAAGCAAACAUCCAAUCAGCGAUGACUUUUGCAACAACUCGGUUGGGGCGGAGACGAAGAAGUAGAAGAAGAUGUUGUGGAAGACGGAAGUUGUCUACUUUCCUAGAUUUCCUCUCCCUAAAGGGAUUAUAUUAUGGUGUGGGCGAUGUCAGGAAACAGGAAAUAUUAGUAGCCACACGGGAAAUGUGAUGUGCCUACGUAAUGAAAAUAUGAUUACGGUAGCCUUUCGAUGUGUAGUCAACACGUUUUCAAUAAUUUUUCACCGGCAAACAGGCUACGGUAUACACUUUGCGAAAAUUUGUGUUAAAGGAAGCGUUCUAGGCCUUCAAACUAGUAACACAUGCCGCAAAAACUCAUGAAAAUGUCGUAGAUGCCUGCUCGAUUCCAUCUGAGGAUGUUUGACUCCAGUAUGUCAAAAUCUAGGAUUCUGCACAAUAUGAGAACGCUGAAAAAUUCCGCUUUUUCUUGGGGCACGCAAGUUUUCGCCGAGAUUUGUCCGACAUUAGCGUGCAUCCAUAAAUUAACGCAUCCCCGUCCGUCGCCGCCGACGUGCACAUUUUGCCGAUGACGGCUUCUGUCGACGCAAAUGAAUAAUUCACAUUUUCCUCGUCGCGAAAAAAGUCAACUCUGAUUGCAUGUCAUCUUUUCUCUUCUUCUUCUUCUUCUUCCUCCUCUUUUUGUUAUGUGUUCUUUCUGGAACACGAAGAGACGAAGAAAAAACACGACGAAGCAGCAGGAGAACGCACACAAAAAAGAGAAAGAGUUCGGCGCGGCCAGAGAGCACGAGGAAUAUGAGAAAAUGGGGAGAAAUGAUGUGGGGGGGACGGCAGGAAGACGGAUGUCACAACAACAAGUCACUAAACGAUUUGAUAUUCUCUUAUGGGUCCGUCCGGCGGCGCGUGGCGGUGGCAUUCGCGCACACGGACGGAGAAACGGAGAUGACAAUGAUGGGGGGAUUUCUUUCAAAAUUCAAUUUUUUACAGGAGCACAAUCAAAAGCGUGUGAAACGGGUUGUCGGCUUCGUCGCCAUCGCCAUGACGCUGCUUUCGUUGGCGUUGGUCGCCUUCUCGCUCGCACUCGGCAGGAAAAUUGACUUGAUGGGUCAGUUUACGGGGACCUUUCGGGAUCAUUGCACCUUUUAGCUUUCAGAGUGCGCACUUUUAAAAAUUCUGCGAAAAUCUGGACGGUAUGAGAGAGAGAGAGAGAGAGAGAGAGAAAUCAAAUCAUGUGGUACAAACACGCGAAACUCAUUUUCUAGCCAGUACUACAAGAAUUGCAGAGGCCGUCAGCAGUUUCUGACAACGAUUUUAUGACAUGCACUGUCUCCCCAAUAGCUAAUGCUAAAUUGAGCGUCGCGUUAAAACGGAGUGUCGUUGAAAACAAAAGCAGGCCUGAAAUUUCUGGAUUUUUUCCGAAAACCCGAAAUUUCAUCCGAAAAGGAGAAAAAUGAAGUUAAACAGAGAAUUUCCGAAUUGUUAAUGGCAGUUGUGACCUUAAAUUAGCGUCGUUUUGCCCACUAGAAAGCGUGCAUUAUUGCAAUUUUCUGUGAAAUGAAGUCCGGAUCUUCAAAAACUGAAAUUUCUGUCACUUUUGCAUUUUAUGGGCCGUCUCUGUGCUCAAAAUGACCGCCUUUGUCUGCUGAACAAUCGUGAGGCAAUUGUUUUUCGAUUCUGUCAACUGUUUUCUCAAAAUUUCCGAAAGUUCGGUUUUUCAAGCCAAAUUUAAAAAACGAAAUUACUCCUCGAAUUUUCACUUUUGCAAGAGCACUCUGUGAUCAUUUUGUAGCUAUCGGUCAUAUGAACAAACGUGAGGCAAAAGUUUUGAAUGAAAACUGUGCAUAAUCCAAAAAACUUGGGAAAAACUCGGGAAAACAUCAUUUUCAGUUGAAAAACCGUAUCCCGUAAAUCGACACUGAGAGCCGCACGCAAAAAAGCGCGCGAAAAAAUUUUAAUUUGUUCGAAAAUGGUACAGGAUUUUUGAGAAAGCCACAUGGUAGACAUGGAACUUUAGCCUAAAGUCUUUAGGUUCUGAAAUAUCUGCUCAAUCAGGAAAACAUUGCAAAGGCGCUCUAUCGCAAUCCACGCUGUCAUGACCAACGUUUUUUUUUGAAAAACUCUUCUAUGACAACGUCAUAGAAAAAAGCGGAACGUCCGGGACGAUAUAUGUCCCCAUAAAAAAAAGAGAGACCUAUUGGAUCUUUCCUCCUUCCCUCCAUCUUUCUCUCUCGGGCGUAUUUUCCCAUUUCCGCUGUUUUUUGGCCCAUGACGCCCGCCGUCCAGCCACCAACACAGAAAAAGCGAGGGUUUUUGGUCUUUUUGUCGGAAGAACGAAAUGUAUUUCAGUGGAGCAAAAAGUGGAGCAACGAAUGGAAAUCUACACGGCCAAUGGGAUCAAUCUGACAGAAACUCGAAGCUGA